GCUGCCCCGCCACCCUGCCCACGCCGGCGACGGAAGUGAGAGUGCGGCGCCCCGGGCCGGCGCGGCGCGUCCCCUCCCGGAAGCCCGCCGCCUCGUGAUUGCGCAGUGCAGCGCAGCGUCGUGCCGAGCCGAGCCACUGCCGGCCCGGCCCCGGCGGAGGGUCGCCCCUGCCCCGGCAGGCAGCCGCCGCAGCGGCAGGGCGGGCAUCCCCAGGACGCGAGUCGGCAUGCUGCGGCAGGUUUCCGACUUCAGUGACUUCAGCAGAGGCCACUGGCUGCAGGAGCUGCUGUGCCAUGGAGAAGAGCCCAGCCACGUCCAGUCCAGCCCCGAUGGGCAGCACCUUUUGGUCCUGCAGAAGAGCCGGCCACCUCCUCUGCCCCAGGUGGUGGCCUUCCAGCGCCACGGCAUCGGUGGAGCCGACCUGGAGAGGAACUGGCAGCCACCCCAGCCAGCUCUUGUGGGACUGCUCUUCCUGCAAAGCCCUAUGACACUGGGCGCCUGGGUACUGGCCAUUGUGUGGGAACACGGUCGGACCGAGGUCUGGCACUUUGUGGUGGCUGUAGGCUGGCAGCUCCUGCAGACAGUGGAGCUCUGCCAGGGUGCCCGGGCACGAAUUGUCUCUGUGUGCAGCCAAGGAACCAGCCUGAUGUGGUGUGAGGAGAGGCCUCCCCUUGAUGCUCACCUGGACAUGAGCAAGUGUGCCUUCAGGUUCUGUGUCUGCACCCGUGCUCUGGAGGUGGGGGAGCAAGGCGUGCGGCUGGGCACCGUAAGGAUAGUGCUGCACAACAGCCCUGAAUACCAGAUUCUGGCCUCCCCCCAGCACGUCUUUCUGGUGCCUACCACUGCCAGCUUUGCCACCACUUCCAAAUUCCUCCUCAUCUGGCAUCCUGAGAAGGCGAAGCUCACCAUCACAGCCCCCUCUGCAGGUUUCAUCCACAGCAAGGCGCUGCGCUCCAGCAGCGAGUCAGACUUCAAGAAGCUCCUGCUUGGUUCUGUGGGUCUGCUCUCAGGCUUGGCACCUCUGGACAUUCACACCUCUGCGGUGUCCAACAGUGGGGGUCUGCUGCUGGUGAGCACGAAGGGUGCUGUGAACAUGGUGGAGCCAGAUGGGACACAGAGGCAUAUCAUUGAUCUCCAGGGAGGCUUCCUGGCCCAGGGAAGUCCUGUCCAGCUGAAGACCUUUGGCAGCAUCCUGGCAUGUGUGCUGGCUGGGGUUCUGUACCUCAUUGACCAGAAUAGUGGAAGGCUCAUAGAGAAGAAAAUCCUGAGCAUGAAAGAGGUGCAUUUCUUAGAGUCCCCAAAAGAGGAAGACAGCAUCCAGCUUCUCACUCAAACUGGCAUCUACAGUUUUAGCUUCUCCAGACCUGAGGACAGCAGCAAACCUGAGCCAUUCCUGGUGGAGAUGGUGUUUGAGGAGGCCUGCAGAUACUAUCAAAGGAGAAGCCUCAGCAGCUCCAAGCUGACAGUGGAGAAGUUGAAGAAAGGUGGUGUGUUCCAAGCUCCUGUAGCCCUCAUUGCCAUCCUGCAGCACAGUCUCUGCCAAAAGAAGAAGCCAGCCCAAGACCUCCAAGACACAUAUGCCAAGCUGUUGAGUGCAGUGAGCCUGGAGCUGCAGAGCUACGUGAGCCUGGAGCUCCUGAAGACCUGCGUGGUGUGUGCUCCAGAGAGUGAGGUGGAAAACUACUGUGAGAAACUGGUGGAGCAGGAGGUCAGUCGUGUUCUGCACUCUGAUAUGGACAAGGACAACUUGGUAUACUUGAACUCCAUCUUUGCCUCCUUCCCCAAGGCUGCCUGGAAGGCUACAAGGAGCUGCCUUCAGCUGCAGCAGAAUGGGGAUGGCCUCUUGGUAGCCAGAGCAACCCCAGAAGUGUGGAAGAAGGUCCUGGGGGGGGCACAGCAGGAGGAGGUGGGUCAGAAUGGCGUGGUCCCACUCUUUGAGCUCAUUUGCACCUCCUGCCUUAGAUUCAAACCCAAAUGGUUGCCUAGAUUUGUGGAACUGACCCAGCAGUAUGUCAGCAUCUCUUGGACAUACAGCAGCAAGGAGGGCCCAGAGGGCCGAGUGCCACUGUACAAGAGAGCACUGGGAGUACUGGCCAGGAAGAACAAGCACAGCGAGGCAGAUGAUGAGAUGGAGCUUGAGCUGCUGCUCUGUAGCAAGAGGCCUAAGGCCGUGCUGCAAGCUCUGCAGCUUCUCAUCCACCUGAAGCGGUGGCAGCGGGUGGUGGAGGUGGCAGAAAAGUUCUCCAAGCUCAGCCCCUUGCUUAAUAAGGAGAUAUUCACCACCCUGCUGGCAGAGUUUGCCCAGCACCGGGAGCUGGACCCUUAUCUGGACACACUGUGGCCGCUGUGCCCCGCUGACCUCACUGCCUCUGAAAUCCUCACUGUGGUCCUGCAGCACCUCCCUCACUCCCAGGAGGACCCAGUGCCCUUCUCCAGCGAGGGGAGCCAGCUGACUGUAGGCUUGCUUAAGCCACUGCUACAAAGGGUUGUGCAGCAUCCCUGUGUCCAGGAUGAGAUGUACUCGGAUGCCUUGCAGAGUCCCACCUUCCCCCCUCCUACCCCACCCCGAGAACACAAGAUCCCCUUAAAAGCAGCAGCCAAUGGUGCCCCUCAGCCACCCAUGGCAAGAACUUCCUCCCCCUCGGCACUGGUACAAGGUGACACUGUGUGAAGGGGGAAGAGCAAUGGGAUACCAAGCCUUGGGUGCACUCCUCAGAGGGGAAAGCCACAUCUGCCCCAGGAAAUCCUGCCCUGCUGGCAGUAUGGAAGCCUGCUCCUUUCUGAAGCCUCCCUGCAGCAGCAUCUCAGAGUCUGGUGGGUGGCUGGGUGGUUGAGGGAUCUCAUCUGAGGCCAGAGGAGACUUUCUGGCUAUUUCUAGCAAGUGCAAUUGUGUGUGCAUGCCAGGUGCAUUUGCAGCUGAAGGCAUAGGCUGCACUACAGAACUGCUUCCUGCCUAAAGCACUUUGUUUUCACUUCACUUGGCUCUUUGUGACUUUUCUACUUCUCUGACGCUCUAGAAGUAGUGAUGAGGUGGUGGCCUGGGACAUCACAGUCCUCCCCCACCUAUUCUCUGCUCAGUGAGUUGGGUGGUGCCUUCAAGUGCUGCCUGUGAGAAACUGGGCAUGUUUCUGGCAGUGGGG